CCUUGAUAGAAAGUGAUUCUUUAUACGAUCUCAAUGAUCCAGGUUUGAUUGAUGCCUGAGGCAAGCACUCGCCGACUCAGAUCGCUGAUCAAGAUUGAAGUUUAAGCAACAAGGUCCAACUGCAGCGAGCAGUGCUUAACUACACGCAUACUUUACCAACCACCUACAACGAUCAGAGUUCAACCAUGAUCUAAGUAUAGACGCACGACUUGCGGAGACUACACGAGCAUGCUACUUACGCCAAUUUAUGUUCGCGGCCGCCGCAAAAGACGUCCAAGCGACGAGGACGAUGACGCUCCGAAGCCCAUCCCCAGCGGACCGCGAGGCGGCCGGCCGUUACUGUCGCCGCAGGCGAAGCUGAACGCAUCGCAGAUUCGAGGCCACAGGCGCGCUCGUCUGCUGACUGCCAACCCGACCAAGCUGCGCAAGAAAAAACACUCGCUUCUGGAGAACCUUCCGAAUGAGUUGAUUGAGAAAAUCUUCCUAUACUCACUGAACGUGAACUUCGCGCGCGCGUCGCCCAUCCUCUCUACGGCUGUGUCCACUGAGCGCAUCUACCGUGCUUUGAUCCUGUUGACCUUGUGGGAUGACAGCGCUGAGAUGCCUGUAUCGUCCGGUAGUCGGGGGUCGAGAAAUGCAAUCGUUCGCAUACUUCGACCCUUGGACUACACGCCUCUCAGUGUUGCGCAGCGACGAGAACUGCAAACCGCUAUUUUGCAUUGUCGAUGGUGUACCGUGCAGCGGAUACUCGACCAGCUGCCGGAACUGAUGAACUUGGUUGUUCAGCGACACUGGUUCGGGGCAGGAAUCAGCAUGGUGAAAGAUCAGGAGAAUGCAUUGACUCGUUUCCUCAACCAGGGAGGAGAAGUUAAUGUGUUUGAGGGUUUCGAGACUACCAACACCACCCCGGACGUGUCGACACCUGCACCCACAACCAACUACACCCUCUCCAUCAACCCUUCAGUUUCCAUCACCAUUACCAACCACGCUAUCGGCGAGCAAACCACCCACCCUAUUCUCAGCCCCUUGCUCAUUCCAGACAAAUAUCUUCAAGGCAGCACAGCCUACGACUCCGCAUCUCCGUCCCCAGCUGCUUCAGACGACGGAUUUUCACCAGCCUUGAUUACCUACCUGGAGAUCCACCGACUUGUGCUAGGAUUUACCACCGAUACCCUUCCUCUGACUCCCCCUAAACACACACUCGCCCUCUCCCGCCCGUCCCUACAACAAGGCAUCCACACCUCUCUCGUUUCCAACAAUCUCCCCGCACUCCUCACCCUCCUGAAACUAGACGAAUACUACUUCCGCGUCACCGAACAAGCACACAUAACUGCCCAGGGCCAAGACCAAGACACCACCGCGGUAGUUCCGUACGCAAUACCCGCAACGCACUUCCGCACCGCGGUGCGCUUUGCCCCGCGCGAUCUGGAGUUCUUCCGAACGUUAGUGCGAGCCAAUGCCGAGUCCGUCCCCGCCGACGACCCCGAGAUCACGGAGUGGGCGAUGCGUCUUCAGAAUCCCUUCGGCCGGUGGCUGUUGGAGCUGAUGCUGCGGCUCCCAGAGCAGGCGGCCGCAGCGAAGCGGAACCCCGUCCAAGACUCGGUGUUUUGGAUGGGGCGGGCGAACGCGGGGAGAAGAGAGUUGGCGAGUUGGUAUCUUCGGGAUGUUCUCGGUGGAAUGGAAAGCCUGGAGAGCUGGAUGGGCGAUGUGCAAGUCCGGUCGUAACCGCCGUCGUCUUCUUGAUCCAUUCUGCCGGAAGCGUACAUUGUUGCGGAGGCGGUGGGGAGGCUGUAGCGGGAAAAAGCCGGCGCCGGCGGAAUGUCUUGUGAGGUGAGUAUGAUAUGAAGGACAGCUUCUUUCUUAUCCUCCCCUCUUCAGACCACCACAAAUUCACUUUCACCGCUCCUACACGCCAUGAAAAUCUAGCCGUAGCAUCUCCACCCAUAUAC